AUGCCUCACAAACACAAAAGACGCCAAAAAGAUGAGGCGACGUACGACCUCCCACCCACCACCAUAGCAAAACCACUCCCAGUCCACAAAAACAAACAGCAAACCAAACCAGCAAAGAAAGCUGACAGCAAAAGACCCGAAAAGCAGUCAAAGAGCACAUCCAAAUGGGCGGAUGACACACCACGCGCCUUUGCGCGCCUGAUGCGCUUUCAGCAGGUCGGCAAGACACCAUCCGGUCUAGAUGACGGUAACGACAAAAAGCCGAACAAGAAACGCAAGCGGGGCGACGAAAAGGAUGGUGCCUCAACGACGAGCUCCAAACAAGCAACCGCUGCCAAACCUUCAGAAGCUGCACCGGCUCUCAAAAUUCUCCCCGGCGAGAAACUAUCCGACUUCGCGGCCCGAGUCGACCAGGCAAUGCCACUGUCCGCAAUGAAAAAAUCGCAACGAACAAAUACAUCCGAGAAUCUUCCCAAAAUCCGCGAGGAGCGGAUGACGAAACAUGAGAAACAUCUGCGCAAACUGCAACAGGGUUGGCGAGAAGAAGAAGCUCGAAUUAGCGCCAAGGAAGCCGAAGAGAGGGAGUUGAAGGAGGCUGAGAACGAAGAGCUAGAAGAAAUGUGGAGAGAGGCGCAGGCUGAGGCUGGGAUUGUUAUCAAGAAGAAGAAGACCCAGCCUAAGAAAAAGAAGAAGGGGAAGAAGAAAGGGGGUGAUGAUGACGACCUUGAUGAUGUUGAUGAUAGCGAUGAUGACCCUUGGGCGAAACUUAAUACCCGCGAAAGAGCGGCGAAGCCUAUCAAUCCGCUGGAAGUUGUGCAAGCGCCGCCAGAGUCAUUGAUUAAACCACGUGAGAUUUUCAGAGUACGACGAGGCGUUGGUAGUGCUGAAGUCGAUGUCGCUAAUAUUCCCACGGCGGCGGGAAGUUUGAGAAGAAGAGAGGAGCUUGCUGAAGAGCGGAAGAGUAUUGUUAAGGAAUAUAGGCGGUUGAUGGCUGCGAAGAGGGGGCAGUAG